GCCGCUUUCUUCACCCCUCCUCCUUCCAACUGCCCCCGAGAAAGAGAGACAGCGCGAGGAGGGGGGGGAAGGAUUUAUUUUAGCGCGACCGCGAAAUAAUAACAAUUUAAUCAUCGGAGCCGCGGCUGGGUCUCAAUGUGAAGAUUGUUGUCGAGGGGAGUUUUUAUUUUAAAAGUUUUAUUCCCCCCCCUCCCCUCAGCCCUCUCUCCCCUCCCCUCCCCCCACUCCCCGGUGUCGAUUUGGAUGGUGGAGGAGGCGCAGUUUGUGUGGCGCCCGAGGCCGGAGCCGGUGACUGCGAGAUGAGGAGGGGGAAGCCGUGCGCUGGCAGCCCGCACUGCCUGUGGUUGUUCACGGCCGCCCUGGUGACGGCCCGCUGCUGCUGCUCCUCCGGCGCCGCGGUCGCGGGCUACGGCGACAAGGUGGUCUGGGCCAUCAACGCCGGAGGGGAGGCCCACACCGACGUCCACGGCAUCCACUUCAAGAGGGACCCGCUGGAAGGCAAAAUAGGCCGGGCAUCAGACUAUGGAAUGAGAUUGCCAAUUUUUCGGUCAGUGCCCGAAGAUCAAGUUUUGUAUCAAACUGAGCGCUACAAUGAAGAAACCUUUGGAUACGAUAUUCCAAUUAAAGAGGAAGGCGACUAUGUGCUGGUUCUGAAGUUUGCUGAAGUGUACUUUGCACAAUCUCAACAGAAGGUCUUUGAUGUGAGAUUAAAUGGACAGCAUGUAGUAGUGAAAGAUCUUGACAUAUUUGAAAAAGUGGGACACAGCACAGCGCAUGAUGAACUGGUGUCUUUCACAAUUAGAAAAGGAAAACUUAGCGUUCAAGGAGAGGUGUCUACAUUUAAUGGGAAACUACUUGUAGAAUUUGUCAAGGGUUACUAUGACAACCCAAAAGUCUGUGCUAUAUGCAUCGUAAAAGGAACAGUGGAGGAUGUUCCCAAACUUCUGCCUCAUCCUGGUCUAGAAAAAAAGGAAGAGGAGGAAGAAGAAGAUGAUUAUGAGGAUGGUAAUGAGAAGAAGACAUUAAGCAAAAAGAAGGUGAAGUCGGGACCUCGAACACCAGACCCGUAUGCCUCAGACAACAGCAGCCUAAUGUUUCCCAUUUUAGUUGCCUUUGGGGUCUUCAUUCCCACCUUGUUUUGUCUCUGUCGGUUAUGAGAUAUACUUCGCAUGUACAGUGGUGCUUGUGGGUGAGGAGCUUUGACACUGUGUGGGGCAGUCUGUUUAAAGCAGUUUAUUUCUCUUUCCUCUUCAGAAAUGAGGGGGAGAAAGGAAGAGAAAUGGUUUGUAUGGAAAUUUGAAGGCUUGAAUCGCAAUAAUUUUGUUUUUGUUGAUAGAUUCCCAUUUUUUAAAAACUCCUGCAAUAAUUCUGAAGUGCAAAAUUCAAAGCCCUGAAUAGUUGAAUGCUUGCAACCAGUGGCUGAAAUAAAGUUGCCCAUGUUGUCUUUUGGCUCUGGUUAAGGUAUAAUUUAAAGAACUUUCUGUUUAGAUUGGGGAAUAAAUAUACUAGUUAUCUGAAUGUAAAGUCUAUAUACCUAGUAUAUGAAUUAUUUGCCAUUUGCAGUUUAGGGAGUUACAAAAUCCACUGGUAAAACUUGAAUGGAGAAUUUUAAAUGAAAGGUACUAUAGGCAAAUGAUGGUGAUUGCCCAAUAUGUAUUUUUGUUUUGAAUCAUUCCCUCCCUCCCCUCUGUUCUACCAUGUCUACCUGCACUUGGGCAUUGGCAUGAAAUUUUUUUCUUCGAUAAUGAAUGAUGUGUAUUGAAUUGAUCAGAUUUAAGUUAGUAUUUCAGCUGGUUAGAAAUUGGUGCUGGUAAUUAAUUGGACUAUGGCUACAGAGUUUUCAAAGAUUGAGAGAAAGGCCAUGUUCAUUUCAAUGUGUUUUCAAGUUUCACCCAGUGGUUUGGUUGUUUGCUGAAAGACAAAUCCCAGAAUGAUAUUGUUAGCCUAAAUUACUAGAUUACAGUAGCAAAUUCUCAAUGUCAAAUCAAACAAACGUAUAACAAUUCUGUUAGGAGCUGAAAAAAGACAAUGUUUUACACUCUGACUCCGUUUUAGGCACUGGGUCUGCUGUAUAUUUCUGGCACCAUCUGUUUGUAUUCCAGAUUGUCGGAAAUUACAGUUUAAGAAUAUUUCCUCACUUUUUUAAUUUCAUUGUCCAUUCCCCAGCAAAAGUGCUUUUAAAUGGAUUGUAUGAUAACAAUGAAAUUUGAAAUUGCAGAGCAGCAAUUUUAAAAAAAACUGCAGAAUCUGGGAAAUCUGAAUUACUAAAAGAUAAAACUAGAAUUAGUAGGUAAGGCAGUAUCUGUCUGUCUCUCUCUUUUUCUGUCACAAGAGGGAACAAGAGAACCAGUUUGUUUUCUGCUGACUGACUUAAUACAUAUUUAGCAAGGCUCAUGUAUGAUUGCGUACCAGUUGUGAUUACACAGCUAUUCUCUGGCAACGGUGCCUAAAGCUUGUGCGAGGGGCACAAAGAUGGUCUCUGGUAUGUCAGUGUGAAAUAUUUUGAUCAGAUAUCUGACUGCUAAGUACAGCAAGAAAAGUUAUUUGAUUAUAAUCUGUAUCUGGUCUUUGACCAGGGACAUUAUUAGUGAUUAUGCAAGAGCAUGGAGAUUUUACAUCAGAACAGACACUUGACUGAGUUCAGAGCCACUGUGAGCUUAUUCUGUGAUCUGUGCUGUGCCAUCUUGGGGACUUUGGGUUUGUGCUUAGUCCAAUUGCAAUGGAUCCCUAUAACGGGCAAUCAGAUGGAAGAGCCAAGCUGGGUGUUGGUGGUGCUUUGGAUGAAGGGAUUUUACCUGCCUUUAUUGGUAGGCUUACUAAGGAUCCACUGGCUUGAAAAUGGAAGAUAAUCUUAAAAAUAUUCUAUUCAUUGCACCCCCCCCUCCACCAAAGGGGAUAUUGAAAUUUCUAAACCCUCUAUCACUUCUUUCUGUUUGAUUAGAAUGAUGAGCCAGGGUACUCUGCUGUCAUUGGGCCUUGUGCCUCAAGAAAAGUAAUCACUUCAGAUUUCCAACAAAUUAAUGAUGCCAAUUCUUAUUGUCUGAGCUGAAAUUUGGAACCUGUACCCAAUAUGAACAGUUUAAAAGGGUAAUGUAUUUGGGUGUUGCUGAAAGGUGGUACUGUUUGUGUAUUUUAGCUCUUUACAGAAACUUUAACUUAUGCUUAGAAGUGAAAUAAUCAAGAAGGGAUAUUGCAGAUAUUUGACAUUUCAGUUUUAAAUCUAGGUCUUGUGGUUCCUACAAAACAGAAAUGCAGGAUUUCCCCAAAAAAAAAACUAAAUUGUUGAUUGUGCAACAUUUCAACUUUGUUUUAGAUACACUAUCUUUUUGUUUUAAAAUGGCAAUUCUGCAUAUAAAGAAGAAACUUUUGCUUUUUGAAAUUAAUUUGGAAAAACAUUUGAAGUGCGGGAAUAAAGAAUGUAAUUGCUGAAAGAAAAUCAUUCAAUAAUCCACAUGUGGUAUUGGAUGAAAGGAGAAACUCUAUAAUUUUGACAUUACCAAUUUUAAUGCUUUAUAUUAUGGACAAAGUUACUUUUUUUUUUCUCCCUAACUUAUUUCAAGUAUCAUGCAUAGCUUGAAUCUGUGUGGAGGCUUUAACUAUUUCUUUUCCAUAGUCGGAGAUGGGUGGGGUUAAAAAAAAAUUUAAGUGCUCGAAGUUUUAGACAUGCUUGUCCCAAAGAAAGAACUGCUGUUUAACUUUGGGAGUUCAACAGAUUAGAUUUUUUUUCUCUGCUAACCUAAAUCCUAAAAGGUGUCAGUAGAAUCUGUGCUUCUGGUGUAAUCUUAAUUUGUUUUUUUUCUUGUGUGCAUUAAAAUAACUUUCUUUUGUAGCUUGGCUUUUAUUUUGAGCUCUCAGGAACUUGGGUUGAGGGUAUGUUUGUAUUAAUUUGCACUCUGGUUUUAAUGAGAAGGGGGGGGUCGGAAAAAGAUAUUUUUAUGUCAAAUGUAUCCAGAUGAGUGAAAGACUGCAUUAUAAGCCCUGGAUAAACAGUACAUGUAACGUACUUAACCUGUCAAAGCAGGGUUUUCUGCCUUUAUUCAGAAAUAUUUGUGUGCUGUGCACCAACUACCGUGUGCUUUACUUUGUUUCUGGAACACUUUUUUUAGUUUUAUUUUUUGAUGAAUUGUGUUUGUGCCAAUGCAGCGGUGACCAUAUUGCCAAUUUCAUCAGAUGAACUUACCUGUUAACAUAACCUACAAUGGUGGGACUGACUAUCCCAGGGAACAAAGCUUACCAGUAGGAUUGGGGGAGCUGGCACCACCAUUUCCCCUCCCCCAAUCAGGGUUAUGUGGCUUCAGCUAGCCAUGAUCCUAAACAUUUAAUUUAAAUAGAUUAGCUAUUAAACCUAUCUUUAUUAAUCUUGAUGUGGCUAGUAAUCUAACUUAAUGAUGAAAAACAUUUGGGUUUUAUUCAGAUAUGCAUUCUUAGAAUAAUUAUUUAUUUCUUAAAGGUAACACCUAAUUUUGCAAAAGGAAUUUAGAAAAAUGUUACUUUCUUACAAGUAUUUCACUUGGGGACAAAUUUAAUCUUUUUUUCCCUAAAAAUGAAACUACCUUUACCUUUGACCAGCUCUGAUUGGGAAGGUGUAAGGGGUCAUCAGAGUGGCAAGUCUCCCAGACCUACCGGUAAGCCUCAUUUGUCUUUCAAAAAAAAAUCAACGAACUCUGAGAUCCGUGAACUUGUGUUUAGUGUGGUGUCUGCAAAUGGUUUAUGCAAUUAUUGCACAGAAAAUCCAUUGUAUUGAGCCCACCUGCUUAGAGCAACUGUUACUGAAUGUCUGGAAAUCUCCACAUUCACCAAAUAGCAACACAUUCUACUCUGUUGCCGUUACCUUUUCUGCAGUUUGGAAAUAAAAUUUAAUUGAAAGCUGUUGCAGUACCCACUCCCCUUCAUAUGUGCCUUUAAAUAGAAAAUUAAAUAUGUAUUUUGGUGAUCUAUAAAA